CAGGAACUGGAGAAUACAGUGAAUGGCGAGGGAAGAGAAUUCCAAAAUGAGCAUAUAACUGCAUUAUUUUUUCCCUUAUUAUUUAAGAGCGUCGUGGGCGCAGUUUUUCGAGUAGGGUCUACUCGGUGAGGGUGACCCGGAGAGGGGGUUCAGCCUGCAGGCUAGCAGAGCGUCGUCAUGGCAGCCCCCGGCCCGAUCUCGUGGGCCCCGCGGGUCGCAGCCUUUUCCGGCAGCCCGAGCCGGUUCCUCUCCGGCACGAGCCCCGAGGCGUUCCUGGGCGAGCUGCUGCGGGACCUGCGGGACGACCGGACCAGCGAAGCCACCAAGGUCCUCCUGUUGUCCCCUCUCCAGGAGUACCCUCUUGUCCUCUGUCCAUCCGCCUCAGUGGGGGAGGAAACAGCAGAGGCGUUGAUGGCUCUGUUUGCACAUGCGCCGCCCAAGUCGCUGAAUCUCAGGUGUCACCUGAUGCUGGCCAUCACCAGUGUGCUAAUAUGCACGUCCUGUGUGAAGAGGGACGUGAAAGUGGCGGGAAGCUUUCUGGACCUGUUAGUUCUGACGAUUCAGGACACUAAUGAUCACAAGGAUGGUAGUGCUUUUCGGCUGCUCAGGGCCAUGGCAUGUGACUGCCUCAGAGAGAUGGAGACCUGCUUCCCUGGACUGCUAUCUCAGAAGCUGGAAGCUCUUUACUUUCUAAAGCAGCAGGAGACAACAACUCUGCAUCAGGCGUACUCUCUCUUGUAUACCUUGGUGCUAAAGAAUGCUGUACACCUCCUUUCUCAGCAGACAGGAGCAGGAGAUGGUGAUUUGAAGUCUCUUUUGGCGGGCAACGAAGACUUUGACUGGCAGGCCACUGAGAAGACCCUGCCGCCCUUUCGCGUGAGCACCAUGGAGCAGAUCCCCAUGCUUCAGACCAGCACAGAAACCAAGGAGCUGAAGUCGGUCGUCUCCUUGCUUUUGGAGGAGUCCUACCUGCACAACCCGGUUUCCCAAUCCGCCUUGCUUCGGGAGCUGAUUCAGGUGGUUGCUAUGGUUCAGGCCCUCUCCCCUGCCAUCUUCAAGUCCCAGCUUCUGCGUCUCUUUGGGACGAUGGACAUCAGCUUGCUGCACUCCACCCUCCUGAUGAAGGGAGCCUUCACAGACAGCCUGUUCACAACCGAGGAUGAGAACUUCCUUCUCAAGCGCUUACUGGGCAUGGCUCAACACCCACUCUUGAACACCUCGCAGAAGCUUUUCUAUAUGGAUUGCAUCCUCCACUUCCCUGAGAAUCGUCCCAUGUCCUUAAACGGAGAGGAGAGCCUGCCAGUGCUGGUCACCCCACGCUUGGCCAUCUCGCUCUUGCCUACUGUUUUCAAUGACAGCAGUACCAUGCUCUGCAGAAUGAACCUCCUCUGCCUUGUCUACCUGGAGGCCGAUAAUGAGGAAGGAGUUGGCUACCUUUACGAUCAUCUGAUGGCGCUUCGUAAAAUUGUAGAUAACCAUGGCACCCGAGAGAUGACAACCACUUUUUUUAAAGCGGUUUUCCUUUUCCUAAGUUAUUUCUACCACAAUGAGAAACUUGCUAAUGAGAUGACAAAGAGCCUCUGUGAACUCUAUUCCAGGCACUGCAACUUGGCACCAAAUCUGAUUAACCUAACCGAUCAAAUCCAAAAGCAUUUGGAAGACCCUGGAUGGGUGAUCAAACUGCUGAAUGCCUUGCAAAAUCAAAUCGUGGAGCUGCCUGUGUCCCAGGUUAGUCUUCAGAGUCUGUGUUGGCACCUCAAAAUCCUGGGUAGGGUAGCAAAGGAGACUCAGGUUUCCCAGAGGAGCACUGUGCACUUCCUCUUUAACCUCCUUAUCAGCUCUGACCUGUGUGGGUCUGGAGACUGGCGUAUGGGCAAUGCCAUUCUUGCCAUCUGUCGCAACUUGCUCCAGCAUCCCAGCUUGGAUCAGGUGUUCGUUGACCUGGCGGAUCUCUUGCAGUUCAUGAUGCACCGCUACGAGGACACAGACAUCCGAGAUCACGCCCGCUUCUACUACACCCUGCUGACCAAUUUGUCACGAGAAAAGCUCUCUGGGGUUCUGGCGAUGGGGCCCGAAGUGGGCCAAGCCAAGGUCAGAUCUCUGUCAUCCAUCAUGGCUGAGAGUGAGGAGCAGUCCAGCUGCUUGACCAUUCAGCCAACCAAACAACCAGUGCUGCAACUUGUCAGACUACGAGAUGAUGGCAUGCUGGGCACACUGUGUAAUGGCAGACCAGAGAUCAGCAAAGGUGAAGACUUCCUAAAAAACUAUCACGACCAGUUCCUCAGCCCUGGCUUUGCCUCUGAGGUAGUUCUGAAAUACCAUUUAACCUUUGCAGGGGAGGUAGAUUCUCUCUUUCACAAGCUUUUCUCCAUAUGCUUGCAUUUUGAUCUCACUGACUCUAAUUAUGAAGAAAUGAGUGACAUCAGUGUGCCUUGUUUGUUCAUAAACAGAAAGCCGCCUGUGGUCUUCCUUAAACUUAAGCCACGGCAGCCGUACCCUACCUCACUGCGUGCCUGUGCCAUAUUCACCACGGAGGAUGGGCUUUCUUGGCACACUGAUUUGGCGGACGUUCCUGUUGCUUUCCCAGAUAUUUUCCAACCCUUGCCUGUGCCAGCGGACUGGCCGCUGGAAACCAGAGAGCAGCUCUUUGAGAACCUGUGGAAGUCCUUGUGUGCUGAUGAGUCUCGACAGUCUGCCAUUAGCCUGUUCUGCUUUGAAAUUGGGGAGAGGUCUCUAAGAGAUAUCAUCGACUCCCACUUUCACCGCUUCUUAAUCUCUAAGCAGGCCGACCAGGAGUUGCAGAAGGCCUUGCUUUUCCUCCCUCCACAGUUUCAUGUCUUGUUGAAGAUCAGGAACGCAGAGGAUGCGGCUCGUGUUGAUGUUGCCAUGGACAAUUGGAAGCUGUUGCCCUUCAUUAACUCUUACCUUAAAAGCAUUACAAAUCCAGCCUGGGAUGAUCAGGGUCAGGGACUCAUUUAAAUUGUUUGGAAACAACUGAUCCUGUGACUUGUCCACACCUGACAGUCUGAUAUACUGCAAGCUUCAUAGUGCCUUACAGAAGUCAUGUCAAGGCUCUUGCUGAUGUAACAGCAAUGUCACAGGAGCCUAGCAGGUCCACAGAGUCGCCAAUCUGGUGGGACCAUGGCUUACUAAAGGCUUUCCAACCCUGGAUCCUCAAACACUUACAGGCUGCUGCUCAGCUGGUGUGGCAACGCAGGCUUAAACUGAUGCCACCUGGACCCUCUAAGUGAACCUUUAGUGGUCAAGCAACUAGGAAGUCACUUUGCACAAAUUUCAGGAUGUCACAUCAGCUAUAUAUUUUUUACAUAAGGCAUUUGUGCAUUCAUGAUAUGACUAGACAUACAGUAUUAUUUGAAAUUAAGUAUUUGUUCAGAAUCCUGAGCAAUACCUCCAAGACUGAAGUCUAGAAUUGUCCUAGAAAAGCCUGAAGACUGUCAGUGGAAAUAUCAUAAAAUUAAAGUUAUUUUGAAACAUAACUCUUCCUGAAUAGUUAUGGAAUUUUGCUAUUUUCCUUAUGAGUUUACCUCUAUAAUCUCUCUUAAUAGUUUAACAGUUUUACCACAGUGAAUGAUUACAAUACUGUAGUGUUGUAUACAAGUGGUCUCUGAUGCACCUCAGGGUUAAGUAUCAGAAAGUCACGACAUACAGCUAAAUGAUGUAUAAAAGGAAAUUGUUCCCCAUAAGAACGAUGUAAAUGCAGGGUUCAGAAUCGUUAAGAAUGUAAAUUUUGCCCAGUGACUUAAAGCAGAAUUAAUGAUUGAUUGAUUGAUUAAUUGAUUAAGAAUUAAUGGAAUAGAGUCUGUUAGUUAAGUUAGACUGAGUGUGUGUUUCCUGGGUCCAGUUCAGGUCACCUGUUUCUGAAGAUACAGAUUAUGUUUUGUUCACGUUAGCAAACUGUGCCCAUUGAGGAAUGAAAGGUACUCGGGCGUUGGUUUAACUAAUGAUCUGCUUUACAGAAAAAUGUAUAAAUCUUGGAGUACGGCGGCUCUUCAAUACCAGGGGUGGAAACUCCUCUCCUAAUCUGAUCUCUUUUUAAAAUAGGUGUGACAUCCACUGUGUAAACACGGUACAAGAGCCCCGCAGUUCAGUAACCAAGUAAAAGAAGAAAUAAAAAGGUCAAGGUCACACUGUGUUAACAGUGUUUAAUGCACAGUAAUGCACAAAAAAAUAUUUAUCUAACCCAGUAAAAAUAAACAUACUUCAUGUCCA